CAACGCUGACGAUUCUGUGCGCGGUGAACAGCACCCGCCAAUGCCUCUCCAUCUUCUCGGAAAGAAAUCAUGGAACGUCUACAAUCCCGCCAAUAUCGAAAGAGUUCGUCGAGAUGAAGCCGAAGCAAAACGUCACGAAGAAGAACAAGAGGCGAGACAACGAGAUGAUGAAUCCGAUAACAGGCUGCGCCUCCUGCGCGGCGAGGCUUCUCUUCUGCAAGACCCCGGGUCUCGGAUAGACCUACACUCCUCCUCCUCCCCCUCGUACAAGCGUAAACGCAAGCUUCCCGGGGAGGACGACACCGAUCGAGAUAUUCGUCUGGCCAAGCAGCCCGACGUGAGGCGCAUAGACAAGCUGGUUGAUGCAAAGGGGAACUUCUCGCUGAUUCCCGUGCCAGAAUCCUCAAACAAGAAGGCGCGUGUAGAUGAGGACCCUUUCACAGUUUACCUCUCACAUGCUGCAGGUAAGGGUAAGAAUUCGGGAGACAAGCCCUGGUAUAGUAGCACACCUGGAGCCGAGGCGGGGCCGCCGACUCGAGACUCAUGGGGCAACGACUCCCCUCGGCGGCAGGAGCGUGAAGCAGCGCGUGUUGCAGCGAAUGAUCCUCUGGCUGCGAUGAAGAAGGGCGUGAAACAGCUCAGAGAAGCGGAGAGGCAUAGAAAAGAAUGGAUGGAUCAGCGGGAGCGAGAUCUGAGAGAAGUUGAGGAUCUCGCCAGGCAGAGGAGACGAGGGCGACGAAAGAGGGAUGAUCUCCAGAAAGAUGACGAUCUGGACAGUCUCGAUGACUUUGAUCUGGAUCAAGGGUAUCCAAAGGACAGCGGUCGUGAUGACAACGACGAUCAUGGACCGAGACAGAGCCGUGAACACAAGCAUCAUCACCAUCACCGACACCGCCGUCAUCAUCGUAGCCGUCUUGAGGUUGAGGACGACUAUGAUGCCCGAGAACGACCCAAAAGGGAGCGAGCUCGGAUUGAUCAUGAUCGCCGACGAUCGUGAACCGGUUAGGAUGAGCCCUCGUCCUGCCUGGAGCAGCACUCGCAUAAAGCACAAUCAUAUUCCCAUGAUCGCUCAAAGCGUCGAACAGAAUGAUCCAUUGAAGCUCUACCGAAAGGAAAUACACAUUACGAAUUAGUCUCGGUCAGUACAACAACAGCGAACACCCAGCGCCAGUUCCCCGCCCCAUUCUGUCUCUUUUCUAAAGGAUGUCUAUACGAACACAACUCUCAUUUCUCUUCAUGCAUCACCCAAACCCCAACGCCCUUUC